AAAAAUGUCAUUAAUAUCAUUGAAGCAAGAAAAACGAAAGUUGAAAUCAUGGUCUACAAAUAACCAAUGAUAAAGAAACUUUUUAAAUCUCACCCUAAAUCCCACCAUAUUAAAAAAUCUCUCCAGCCAAGUCUUCCUCAUACUACCAAACACCCACCAAAUCACCGCCGCCGCGCCGCCGCACACAUGUCUUCCGACAAGAUACACAAACUGAAGAGCAUAUUCACCGCAAGCGGCGGCUGCGGCUGCCGCCCAAAGCCCGCCGACAUCGUCGAGCCACAAACCAAGCCGAAACCCUCAUUCUCCGAUCAGAAAUCCACCCUCCUCCCCUCCUCCUCCGCCACCUCCGCCGCCGAAGACGACGCGUGGUCCUCCACCACCUUCUCCCUCACCGCCGACGCCUCCCCACACCACCACACCGUGUUCUCCAAAACCGGCGGCUCCUGCCCGAAAAUCCACAACAGCUUCGCCGUCGUGAAAGAUUCCGACGACCCGUAUCAUGAUUUCCGGCAAUCCAUGCUCCAGAUGAUCUGCGAGAAGAAAAUGUACUCGAGAAACGAUCUGCAGCAGCUCCUCGACUGCUUUCUGAAGCUGAACUCGCCGCGCCACCACGAGGUCAUCGUCCGGGCGUUCGUGGAGAUAUGGAGCGGCGGGAAGGAGGCGCCGCCGCGCUCCAUGUGAGGGACAUUAGAUGCGUGUGGCGGGGCACGUGCGGAGGUGGGGUGGCCAUGUGAGAGACAUUAAAUUUUCACAUGUGGAGUUGAAAAUUUUAAUAGAGUUGGAAACUAAUUGAAUUUGACAGCAAAAUUAAUCGAUCGCCAUUUUUGUGGUGGAGGAGAUAGCUAGGGAGGCGGUGGAAUUCAAUUAAAUCGAAUCUCGGUGCCGCCGCAAAUAGUGAUUCUUCAUCUCGUAUUAUAAUUCAUCGACGUGUAUGAAAUUGAAGAUUACGUGUGAUAUAUCAUAUAGCAUAUUAUUAAUGUUGUAUGUAGAAAGUGAAAUGAAAUUCGAAAUAAAUACGAAGAAUGCAUUGUACGUAGUAUUAA